AUGUGGUCAUUGUUGAUCUUACUUUCAAUUCUAGUUCCACUUGUUCAACCCAUCAAUGUGAGUGCGCAAAUGAUUAAUCAAACAGCAGCCAAUAUAUCAUGGAUCUAUUCACUUGAUUCGAAUAAUCGUGAUGAUAUAGCAUUACUCAGUGGAAUGAUUAAAGGUUUUUAUGUUAUCGUUAUUUCACCUGAUUCAAUUCAACCACCGCUUGUUCAUCACAAUUAUCACGGCACAAUUGAUACACAAUAUUGGGAUGUUGUAGGUAAUUUAAAACCUGGCACAACGUAUCACAUACAAGUGAAAGCAUUCACAAAGAAGGGCGAUGGAAAACCAAGUGAAGCCUAUAUAUUCACGGUACCAAAAGAAGAUUCUCGACAUUUUUCGCCAAGUAAUUUAACAGCCUAUAUUGUUAAUGCUCAUACAUUAAGUGUCACAUGGGAUUUACCAUCUAAUGUACAUGAUAUCGAUAAAGUCUACAUAACAAUUACUGAACUUGAUCAAACAAAUCGAACGAUUCAAAUGCAAUCGUUGGAUAAUACAAUAAAAAAAUUAGACAUACAAAUCAAUGAUAAUGAUCCAUACAGUAUUCAUCCAAAUACAACUGUACAUUUUUCUGCUCGAUGUAUCAAUCGUAAUGGUCAAAACUCUUCUACUAUCGAAUAUCAAUUGUAUAUUAACAUGCUGAACCCAGCUCCACGUGAUGUUCAUGUUGUUCGUUCAAAUGAAACAACAAUUCAAGUAUUUUGGUCACCAAUCUACUAUCCACCUGUUGAACGAUAUAUUGUACAUUAUAAUGAUAAAGCUGAAAAUAAAGCUGAAAAUCAAUGGUCUCUAUAUUCUCCAAUGAAUUUUGGUGCAACUUCAGCGAUUAUAAGUGGGUUAAAAUCGUCGGCAAUGUAUAAUGUACGUGUUAGUGCAGAAUUCUCUAAUACAAUUAUUAAUGAUCCACUGCAUUCAUCGGGAACAACAAGACGUGAAGGUGAUCUAUCGGAGAUUCGUGUUGCUGACAUAUAUCGUCAUGCAAAGCAGGUUGUCAACUAUGAUAAUCAAUUAAGUCGACCAUAUAAUAUGACGUAUACAGAUCUAACAUCGACGGGCCUUAAAUUAAUAUUUUUCUUCAAUGAAACUAAUCAUGAAUCCCAUCGGCAAAUACAAAAACUUGAAGUUCAUUAUGAAGGUAUACAAAAUUACGUGGAUAGUUUAGGUACAGCACGUUCAACAUCUCAUCAUAAUUCCGCUGGUCUCAUAACAAUUCCGCCUACACAAGGUAAACGUGAAUGGCUAGUAACCAGUUUAGUACCAAAUACACAUUAUACACUUAAUUUAACUGGAACAAUAACAACAUCGGAACAGGCAACAUCGAAAAUUUAUAGUCGACCAGCAACAAUAAAAUUUUCAACGGAUUAUGAUGUUCCAACAUAUGUCGAUCGACCGGAACAAGAUCGGCGUAGUGUUAUCAAUGGAAAUAAUCAGCAAGUUUAUCUUCGUUUACAUCGUGCAUCAACUAAAAAUGGUCCUAUUGAUCGUUACUAUGUUGUUGUUCAACUUAAUGAUCAUCCAUCGUAUCAAACAUAUGCACCACAAGCAGGUCAUCGUGAAUGUUGCUAUACAGCUGCUGUAUUUAAUGAAUCUGAAUUGCCGGAAAUGUUUAUAUUAGGUGAUGGAAAGGAAACACGAGAUUGGGCACCAUUUUCAGGCCGAGUUUAUAAUAAUUCGCCAUUAAUAAACACAAUUAGAGUAAAAAUUGUUUCGUGGAGUUUUAAUCGUAAAAAAGAAAAUUUGACAACAUCAAGUUCAACAGUACAAGUACACAUAGCAUCGAAACUAGUUCAAGCAUCGAAUAGAGAAACUUUUAAUAGUUUAUUGUGGAUAUUUGGAAUAAUGUUUUUACUUUUUGUUAUUCUUAUUAUUGUUAUUCUAUUCUCGGUGAAAUUCAAUCGAAACAAAAGAAAAUCAUUAACACCACCACCAGAAAGUGUACCAUUCGAUUUAACACCAAAAGUUUUAACGAUGGAAAUGCAAAUGCCAAUUUUACCACCAACAAUUUCACCUGCGUCAUCCGGUGAGCCCGUUGAAAUACGACGAGUACAACAAAUAACAACUUAUCCACCAAUACCAAUUGAAGAAUUUUCAGCUAACCUUGAACAUUUGAAAGCUGCAGAUAAUUAUAAAUUUUCUCAAGAAUAUGAAUCUAUUGAUCCAGGCGAACAGUUUUCAUGGGAAAAUUCCAAACUUGAAUGUAAUAAAACAAAAAAUCGUUAUGCUAAUGUUGUUGCUUACGAUCAUUCACGUGUUAUCUUACGGCGCAUUGAUAGCGUAAUGGGUAGUGAUUACAUAAAUGCAAAUUAUUUAGAUGGUUACAGAAAGCAACAUGCUUAUAUAGCAACGCAAGGACCAUUGCCGAAUACAUUUUCAGAUUUCUGGCGAAUGAUUUGGGAAACAAAUUCGACUUGUAUUGUUAUGAUGACAAAGUUAGAAGAACGAAAUCGUCUUAAAUGUGAUCAAUAUUGGCCAAGUCGUGGCACAGAAACCUAUGGAUCUAUUCAAGUUACUUUAACAGAUUUUAUUGAAUUAGCUUCUUAUAGUAUACGGACAUUUACUAUAGCAUGGACCGGUCAUCCGGAAAAACGAGAAAUUCGGCAUUGUCAAUUUACAGCAUGGCCUGAUCAUGGCAUAUUAGAACAUGCAACAUCAUUUUUAAUGUUUGUCCGACGAGUGAAAAGUCUUCAUCCAUGUGAUGCUACUCCUAUAGUUGUGCAUUGCUCAGCAGGUGUUGGCCGAACUGGUUGUUUUAUUGUUAUUGAUGCUUUAAUAGAAAGAUUGAAAUAUGAAAAGACACUUGAUAUAUACGGUUAUGUGACUCUAUUACGGGCACAACGAAAUUAUAUUGUUCAAACUGAAGAACAAUAUAUAUUUAUUUAUGAAGCUAUGAAUGAAGCAAUACAAUCAGGUCAAACUGAAAUUUCAGCUCGAAAUCUAUUCACACAUUUGCAACGACUUUUACAGCCCAUCAAUGAUAGUUCAUUGACAGACAUGGAACUUGAAUUUAAACGUUUAGCAAAUUUUAAAGCGCAACCAUCGAAAUUCAUUAGUGCAAAUAAUCCAUCCAAUAAAUUUAAAAAUCGUCUCGUAAAUAUUUUACCAUAUGAAAAUACUCGCGUUUGCUUAUCUCCAAUACGUGGCAUUGAUGGAUCUGAUUACAUUAAUGCAUCUUAUAUUGACGGCUAUCGAUUGAAAAAUGGUUAUAUAGCAACACAAGGACCAUUGGAUGAAACCAUAGAAGAUUUUUGGAGAAUGAUAUGGGAACAUAAUGUAACAAUAAUUGUUAUGCUGACAAAAUUAAAAGAAAUGGGAAGAGAAAAAUGUGCACAGUAUUGGCCAAUAGAUCGAUCGGUGCGUUACGGAUAUUUCAUUAUUGAUCCACUUGGUGAAUAUCAUAUGUCGCAAUAUUUAUUAAGUGAAUUUAAAUUAACUGAUUCAAGGGAUGGUCAAUGUCGAACUAUUCGACAUUUUCUUUAUACGGAAUGGCCUGAACAAGGUGUACCUAAAGCCGGAGAAGGAUUUAUUGAUGUCAUAGGACAAGUACAUAAAACUAAAGAAGGUUUUGGUCAAGAUGGACCCAUUGUUGUGCAUUGUUCAGCUGGUGUUGGAAGAACUGGCGUAUUUCUAACAUUAAGUAUUGUACUUGAACGAGUACGAUACGAAGGUGUUAUUGAUGUAUUUCAAACGGUGAAGUUAUUACGUACACAACGACCAGCACUUGUUCAAACAGAAGAUCAAUAUCAAUUUUGUUAUCGUUCAGCACUUGAAUAUUUAAGUUCAUUUGAUAAUUUGAUAUGA